AUGAAGAAAGGUUUUGUGGACUCCAGUGUUGAAGUUCAGGGCAUGAAUGUGACUCAGGAUAAAAAUAGCACACAUGUAUAUCAUACUGUUACUACUAUAUUGCCAAAACAAACAGGGAACCAUAAAGUUUGUGUACAAAAUGUGAAUGCUGCUGGUCAAACAGCAGAUGAAUUGUGUUAUUCAAUAGAAGUUACAGCUGAAUUACCCAAACCAGUUUCUGAUAGAAGGCCACAGUUUAUCUCCCCCACUCUACCAGAUGGCAGUAGUAUUGAAUGUUCAGUAGGCGAAGCUUGUCAUAUGAUUUUAUGGAUAAAGAGUCAAGUGUAUAACCCAAACUGCCCAUUAGUGGAGUCUGAUAUGAAAGCCCCAGAUGGAAUCUUUGUUUUCCAGUCAGAUAAAGACCCAAGUCCAUGUUCUACUGAUGUAUCAAUACACACAGAUAUAGAAAGGACAAUUAGUCCAGGUGCCAAGACAGGAGACCAUGUAUUACCACAGAAAGUAGUAUGUGUUUUGCAUGAGGAAUGUUCUAUCCCUUUUACAGUCACAUCAAGUGCUCAACCACCUUCAGUAAGACCUGGACAUACUGAAGCAGGACUGUCAUCAAAAGGACCAACAAUAAUACCAGAUCCCAAAAAUCCUGGUACCUUCCUAUCUCACUUGAAUGUUGUUGGUACUACACCUGGUGUACAUAAAACCUGUGUACAAACAGGUGAUACUAGAGAGACAACUAGCGAUGAAUUUUGUUUUGAGGUUGAAGUAAAAUCUCCAGAUUCUUACCAUCAUGAGGUGAAGACAAGUCAGCCCUACUUUAUAACACCAACAAUACCACAUGAUUCUGUAACACAAUGUGUACCAGGGAAAUCUUGUCAUGUCCUAAUGUUUAUGUCUGGUGGUGUUUACCCUGAAUGUCCCUCUAUAGAACAGACUCAAGGACCAACAGAUGACCUCCAUCUUUUUACAUCUGCUGAUAAUUCUAAAUUAAUUGGUAACUGCACAGCAGACGUAACAUUUACCCCGCCUUUAGGAUCAACAGGAAAAUACAGAUUCUGUUUCAAAACAUUUCUUCCAAAUAUACCAGGAGAAAUUAGAUGUUUUUAUGUGAAAUACAUGGAUUAUACUGCUCCAAGUCAUUCUUGCAUGGGGACCAGUUGUCUGGAUGGCAGUGUUUGUGAUGUUAUAAAUGGACAGCCAAUGUGUAUUUGUGCUUUGUUGCAGUCUGGACAAAAUUGUCAGCAAGCUGGUUCUUCUGGUAGCCCUCAUACAUCAUCAACACCAACUAUUACCGAUUUACCUCUACCUAAAGUAAUCAGAUGUGAAGUUGGUACAUUUUGUGUAAUACCUAUGUUAGUAAAUGGAGACAUAAACAAUCCGCCAGUAGUAACAACACCUAGAAGUAAUCCAAAUAUGAUAUCAGCUCCUCCAUCUAUCAAACCAGAUAGCAAAUAUCCCAAAGGAACAUACAAAGUUAAUGGUUUAGUAAAAGUUACAAAAGAAGGAAUAUAUGAACAGUGCAUGAUUAUAAAGAAUGGUGGGUAG